UGUUCUACUUGAGCUUGUUGAUGCUUAUGCUAAAAUUUUAAUGUCUUACUGGAAGCGGCCAGCGAGUAAACGUAACCAACAUGCUUGCAAAGAAACAUUUCUCGAAGGGUUUUUCAGUAUUCUUCAAGGGAAAAAGCAUGAUGAGGAGGAGGGAGUAGAGAUAGAGAGGGAUGUUGUUGAUGUGCAUGAUAUCUCGGGAUGUCUUGACUAUUUUGCUUGUAGUGAUGAUGGAAAGUGGAAAUCGCCUGGACGCAUUUCAGCACAAAUGCUGUCUGAUGGUAUGCUUGAUGCUCCACCAACUGAUGAUGAUGCACAAGGUCAACCCAAUCCUCUAUUUACGUAUCCUCCAAUACCUCGCGAUUAUCCAUUUACAUAUCCUAAAGGGAUCACACGUAGGCAGCUUGGUAUUAUCAAGGUCACAGCGCAGUUUUAUGUGAGGUAUGGGUAUGCAUUUUGGAUGGCUUUGAAAAGGAGAUUGGCUAUAAUAGAUAACUCUCAGUUAAACGCUCAGUUCAAGUUUAUCAUGCCAGAAGAUAGGUACAGUUUUUUCUAUCGGCUUGUGACUGUUUAUUCCAAUGUACUAAUGCCUUCAUGUACUUGUCCGGAGAGAGCUGUCCACAAGGGUUUCUUCAAUCUUCUUCAAGGGGAAAAUCAGGAGGUAGAGGUGGGAGUGGAGAUGUCCGAGAGUGAUUUGCAUUCUUACGUGGGUGCGCUUGACUAUUUUGCUAACAGGGAGGAUCAAGAGUUGACAUCACAUGGAUGUUUUUCAUCGGCACCAACACAAAUGCGACCUUGUUUGCCUGUGCCGCUUCCAAAGGGAACUCAGUGGCUUUUCCUUCUCCGCCACUGCCACUACGUGAGGAACCAGAGCCAAAGAGACAAGCUUAAUAAGUCAGCACUUGUUCCAAAAGACCAGUUUCUCGUUCAACAUUCGGGUUCUGUUACAAUAAGGGUUUCUUUUCCAAACGUGAACAGUGAGCAAGUCAUUGAGAUCACUCUGCAGUCGUUAUCAGAAAACGUGGCAAGUUUGAAGGAGAAAAUAGCUAGGAAGAUCCAAAUUCCAGCAAACAAGCAUAAGUUAUGGGGAAAAGCCGGAUUUCUAAAGAAGGAUAACAUGUCAUUGGCACAUUACUGUGUGGGAGCAGGAGAAACUCUAAUUAUGUAUUUGUGAGAACGUGGGGAGGAGAGAAAACGCUUUCGAUCUCUUAUUUGGUUGAUGUGGCCAAAGACUCUGUACCGGUUUUAAGUUUUUUUUUUUAACAGACCCGGUUUUAACUUUGUUUUGGAUUGGCAGCUAAUUUUGGUUUUUGAAGUUUGUUUUGGAUUGGCAGCUGUUUAUGAUAGCCUUAAAAACAUAUAUAUGUGAUGCUUUUCAUGUCAUGGUUGUGUUGGAUUGGCAGAUUGUCUUAAACA